AUGGCAGUAGGCAAUCCCAAUGUGCUUGAAACUGGCAUAAUUGAAGGAGAAAACUUCUACGCGCCAAUUGAAUCGGCUAACGAAUCUGAAACUGCAUCUCAAACAAACUGGAAUGUUGCAAAAAAUGAAACGGGACAAUUAUGUAGAUCUUGUGCUAAUUCCAGUGAUUACCUUAUACCAAUUUACGAAGGAGAAGGUUUAGAGCAUCAAUUAGAAUAUAAAAUUCAAAAACAUAUGCCUAUACAGGUGUCUUCAACAGAUACUUUACCCUUACAAUUAUGUUAUCAAUGUGCCUCAACUUUAAUAGCAUGGGAUUCCAUGAUAAAUAGUUGUUUAGAAGCUGAUAAAAAACUUAGAGCAAUGCAAGAGUCAGUAGAAGAAUCUAAAACGUGUGAGAUAUUCGAAGAUGGUCAUUUAGAAGGAGUAACUGAAAUUGUAGAUUCGGAUGAUGAGCCAUUAAUACAUAGUAAAAUUAAACCGGAAAAAAAUAAAGCUACACCGAUAAAGAAAAAAAUUUUAUCUAAAACAAAAUGUAAAAUUGUGCCCUCUAAAACUGAUAAGACUGCAACUACUAAUUCCAAAGAUGAGGAAGAUAAAGAAAGGUAA